AGAGGUGGCAUCUGUAGCCUUCUUAUCAUUAUUUGAUUCACAUUAUUUUGUGGGAGAAACUAAAAAAUACACUGAAGCCUAUGUUUUCCUACCAGUAAAGGGUCUCAAAAAUAGACGUUUUGUAACUGGCUUAGAUUUUGCAUUGUUAUAUUCGAGUCUUAUCAUAACAUACAACCUCUCACCCGAUAAAAUCAUUUUAUCUCAAGAGCAUGCCUCAGUUCAGCAUAACAAUAUUUCUGAAGAAAAAGGACUCUAUACUAGCGUAUUGGAAUAUUUAUCAGCAGAAUAUGAUUCUAUUUGUUUCAACUGUUCUUGUUUGAAUAAGAAACAAUAUGCUUUUAAGGUAUAUAUGAAUACAUUCUAUGGUACAGCUGGAAAUAAUUUCAUUAAGAGAAAGGGAUUUGUGAUAAAAUAUGAUGAUACAGAUUCCUUAUAUUUAGUCUGUUCAGAAAAAUGCUUCCAGAGGUGUGAUGAGGCUUAUGAUAGGGGCAAUGGGAUCUCAAAAGAAGAAUAUUGGUCUCGAAUGGUAGAAAUCUCUAUGGUGGAAAUGGAAAAACUUCAUGAUGAAGUUAAUGUCUUUCUCAAGGAAGAUAACGGAUCCUCUUAUCUUAAAAUGGCAUAUAAGGAAGUUUUAUUUUUGGUAGUAUUUACUGGAAAGAAAAAAUACCAUGGAAAACGUAUUAUAGAUGAAUCUUUAAAGGUGAAUAAUAUACGUACCUUACAUCAAAUCAUAGAGGAUAUUCUUAGGGAAUCUGUAAAAGAUAUUUCUUGGACAGAUCUUAAUGAUUCAAUUAAAACUGCUGGUCUAACACCCGAGCCUUUUCUUUAUGAAAUCCCAGAAUUAGGUGGGCGAUUUGAAUAUAUUGUAGUUGAGAAUGAUUUAUCACAGAAGGUAGGUGAUAAAAUGGAGUACCCAAAAGUGGUCAGACAACUUGGUAAAAAGAUCGAUAUUA